CUUAGUAAUAAAAGAAUAUAAUCAAGUAAAACUUAAAACAAAUAAUUUCUAAUGGUAUUCUUUUUUUAUUUGAUAUUUCUUCUUACUGUGAUAUCUAACUGCGAUUAAAUUAAUAAUCAAUAUCAAUGUAUCAGAGUAUUGACAAUGACUCCUUGCAAUUAGAAUUUAGAUGUUGGAAUCAACUAUUCCUGCCCUGGGGCUGAUGUUUUUAAAUAAUAUUCUAGUCCUACUAUUUAAAAAUUCGCUAUUUCUGGGUGGUUCUUUUUGAAGGGGUCUUUAAAUUAGAAUUAUAAUUUAAUAACAGUUCUAGAAAACAACUAACCUCUUUUUUAAGUUAAAUAUAGCAUUUAUUCUUCUUUAUUUACCUCGACUUUGAUAUCCUAAACACCUCAAUCCUUGAAUCAAAAUGAUUCAGUGCAUCUUGCAUAUAAAUGGUAUUUUGUAAUAUUUAAGAUGGAAGUAAUAGUUGGUACACAGCUAAAUUUAUAAUUAAACAUCUAUUGUGAUUCUAGUUAAUUCUAUUUAACAUAAUCAACAACAAUGAGAAGCUCAGUACCAUUCUAAGCAUCAUAAAUGACUUUCGACUAUGGAAAUGGCUAGACAAAUACUUAAUAUAGCUGCGUAGCAAUUUAUAUGAUAUUUAUUUAUUGGGAUUCGGACCUGAUAGAUAACUAAUCAAAUUUGAUUAAUAACCUUUAACAAUUAGAUAUUUAAUUAAAAUGGAACUAUGAUACAUUUUAUGCUUAAUAUAACUAAGGAAAUUUAAUCCAAGCUAACAAUCCUAAUGGUAAAUUAGAUACUAGAAUUAAUCGAAAUGAAUAAUUUGUAUUAAAAAGCUAAGAAUAGAUAGUAACAGAUUUUGUCAAUGCUUAAACUAAUUAAGGCUUUAUAUUGACUUUUCACUUUAAGUUGAUUUCUUAAUCUGGGAGUUCAAAUUAAAUUUAGAUUGUAUAAAUAUUAAGUCUUCCUAAUUCUUAGUUAAUUUUCCAAAAUAAUUAAUUGUAAUUUUUUGGUUAAUAAAUAAGUGGAAUUCAACUAAAUAUGUGGUAUCAAAUUACAAUAAUAUUUAAUUCGUAAGCAUAAUAUAUUUACUUGAUUGUCAAUGACGAUUAAGCAAAUUUAAUAACAUCUAACAUUAAUACUGUAAUCUAAUUUUCAUAAAUAUUGUUUGGAGACACUUACAAUACAAAAUUUAAUUUAUAUCUAAAUUAUAUAAGAAUAUAUGAGGGUACAUUUUUGAGUAACAGUCCUUCAUGCUUUAUGUUAUAGGGAAGAAAUUAAAAUAAUUGUAUUAUCUGUAGAAGUGGUUAUUUGAUAGAUUAUUAGAAUGAAAUGACCUGUGUAAGUCCAUCUUCAAAUAAUUUUAGUACACUUAUAAAUAAUGUUAAAGAUUGGAUUCCUAAAUAAUUUCCAUGCCCCAAAAAUAUGAUUUUAAAUAACUAGAACGUAUGUGUUUGCAUGUUUUAAUAUUAUAGGGAAGGAGAUGAUUGUUUAUUAUGCUAAAAUUAUUGCUAAGGUUGCAUAAACGCAUAUACCUGCAUAAAAAUGGAUCCAAAUAGAUAAAAUAAUGGAAAAUGUUAAGAUAAUAUGUUUGAUGAUGGUUAUAAUUGCUAAGAUCCAAAAUAUAAUAUUUAAAGCAGGCUAAAUUACAUUAAAACACUAUCUCCUAGUGAUAUCGAAAAUUCAGAAUGUGCUUCAGAUGGGACUUAACCUUCAUAUUUAAUUGAUAACUCAAUUUUGUAGCUUUAGAAAGGGAAAGGUUUCUUAUUUAGUUUUAAUAUGAUUAUUUAAACUCUAGCCAAUUAAGCUACUAUUGCAUAUUUGCAAGAUAGUAAUUCAGAUUUAUUUGUAAUUACGCAAGAAAAAAUAACUAACAACGGAAUUGAUUUGCCAACUAUAAAUCUUUAUGUUAAAACAACUAAGAUAGUCAGUUUAAUUAUAGAGCUGGGAGGAUUUACAUAGAUUAGUUUUUGGACUGAUUUUAAUAGUUGUAGCUUUUUUAUCUACUUUAAUUUGAUUAUGUAGUAUCAUAAUACUUAUGUGGGUAGCUAUUUUUCAAGUUAUGUAGUGCAAAAUCCUAUUUUUUGUGCUGGUAAGUGCGGUUCUAAUCUACAGAAUAUAUAUGCGUGUGCAAGUUAUAGUCAAAUAAUCUAUAUUUAUGAUAUAAAACAGAUUAUUGAUCCUACCUAAGUUAAUUAUUUAAAAUUACAUUUCACAUAAUAGAUAUCAUUAUUUGAGCUAGAUUUUUUUAAUUUACCAACUUCUAACAGCAUAAAAGAUUAAUCAAAUGUAUAUACCCUUGUUUCUAACUCUAAUAUUAUAUCUAAUAGAUUCAAAGGAAUAUAAUUUACAUAAAAUAUUAAUGCUUAUAUCUCGGGUGUUAAUUUUUACUAGAAUUAUCCUAGUUUUUCAUGUUAUAUUUUUAUAGAAGAACUUAAUUUUUAACAAAGGAUAUUCUAGAUGGACUUAGGAAGUUCAUAGAUAUAAUAUCACAUUGUCCCAUAUGGUACAAAAGCUUUUAUUAGGAUAUGUUAGUUUAAUGUAUGUAUAGAUACAAAAUAUUCUAUGCUUAAUAUUAAUGAAUAAAACUUUUUAUAUAUUAUUUACAGAAUGAUAGGAGCUAUGAAUACAGCUUUUCAAGAAUUCGAAAUAUUUUGCAACUACAAAAGAGAAGUUUUAUAUUUUUCAGUAAAUUAGUAAACAUAUCUAGCACAAUCAACAAUAUAUUUGUUUUAGCAAGUCUACCUUUCUAACUCGUAAAAGUAAUCAGUUUAUCUUAACAAAAUUAGAAUCGAAGUUGGAGAAGGAUUUUAUUAUCAAGACUAAAAUCAAUCAGAAAAAUGUUUUUUAUUUAGAAAUAUAGAUAAAAUGGAAUGUAUGAUACCUAAGAAAGGAUAUGUUUUUUAUUAAAAUAAUCUAAUAAUUACAGAAAAUGAAUGCAACAAUUUAACUUUAAAAUAAAAUUCUUUUCAUAUUGUAAAUCCGUCUACACAGGAAUGCAUUAAUACUCAGUUAUCUCCAUAUUGCCAAUAAAUUGAUGACCUGAAAAAUACACUUAGUUGUGUUAAAUGCUAAUAUAAAGGAUAGGAUCCGAGUUAAAACUGUUAAUGCCCAUUUGGUACCUAUUUAAAUUUAUAAAAUUCUAAAUGCUAAUAAUGCAGCCCUUAAUGUGAAACAUGUGUUAGCUAGUCUAAUAACUGUUUAACUUGUAAAUAUAAUGAUUAGAGUCCACCAACGUGUAGUUGCUUGCUUUAAAAUUAAUUUUUAGAUGAAAAUUAUGUGUGCAAAACUUGCUCAUAUAAAUGCAAAACAUGUUUUGAAAACUCUGAUAAAUGCACAGCUUGUUCUGAUAAUAGAUCUAAUCCCCCUAAUUGUGAUUGUGAAUCUUAGUAAAUUGAGAUUAAUGGCUAAUGCUAGUAAUUAAAAUGUGAAAAUAAAUGUUUAACUUGUGAUUAAUCUACCUCUAAUUGUAUUUAAUGUAGUAUAGGUAGAUAUAAUCCUCCUAUAUGUAAUUGCAAGCCAAAUCAUGUUUAAAAUUUAGAUGGAACUUGUUCUUAAUGUAUAUCAGGAUAUUUUUAUGAUUAGACAGAAAAUAAUUGUUAACAAUGUUCAGCUAUAUGCCUUUCAUGCUAAAAUAAACCAAAUAAUUGCACUUCUUGUAUUAGUGGGCUAAUACUUUAAAGUAACUAAUGUGUUUGCCCUAAUGGAACUUCAGUGAUUUUAUUAUAAAAUGAGAUUUUGUGUUUAAAUAAUAUGGAUGUAAAUUUAAGCUUGAUUUUGAACUCUAACUUUUAUUAUCUUGUUUUCAAAUUUGAUUAUGAUAUUUAGCAAUUAAACAACUAUUACUAAAAUAAUAUAACUAAACUAAUUUCAGUUAGUUUUUCAGAAAUCCCAUAAAGUUUCUAUGAGAUCAGUGAUCCAAAAGUAUAGGGAAACAUAUUAAAGCUUAAGCUAAAUAUAUAUAAAAGUUUUUCAACUCUUCAUGGAUGGGUUUAGUUUCUAGACAACACACAGUUUCUAAGUAUUUCUAAAAAAUUUAUUCUUAAUUCAUAAUAUAAGUUAAGCUUUCUCAGGUUUGAAAUAGGGCCAUUUCUCUUCGAUAAGAAUACUAUGGAUGGAGGUGUAGCAGAUUAAAUUGUUAAUAAGCUGUAAGAUUCAAGUAAAAAUAUUGCGUUUAAUUUUAUAAAAUAAUUCCAACUAAUUCUUUAUAUUUUAAAUACUGCUUAACCAUCAGCUUUAUUUUUGCUAGUAAAUGCAAACUUACCUCCUAAUCUAUAUAAAUUCUAUUAGGUAAUAGGAUUAUUGAUUUACCCUGAUGUUGUAAACUAUUAAUCAACGAAUUAUAAACAAAAUUUUUAAUUAUUUUAUGCAGAUUUAAAUUAAGAAGAAGUUUUUUUAUCUAGUGAAAAAAUUUACAAAAAAUUAGGAUUCUGUAACAGUUUUAUGGUAAAUUCAUAAGGCAUAAUUAUUAAAUACAUACUCAUAAUUUUAAUUUUAAUAUUAUUUUAUAUACUGCAAUCUUAGAAACAUGGAGCUUAAAAUAUGCAAAAUAAUAAAUUGUUUGUCAUAAAAUCAUUUUUUAUAAAAAAAUUGAAUAGCGAAAACGACACAAAUUUAUUAUUGUUAAUUCAAUCUAUUUUAGUUUAAUUUACUUUUAAUGAUGAUUAAAUAUGGGCAAUAAGAUAUGGAUAUUAUUUAGCAUUAAUAUUUGCUAUUAUGCAAAUUAUGUCGUUCUAUCUAAAUGCUAAACAAAUUAAUACAAAAAAGGAAUAUGAUGAAUAGGAUUAUUCUUACUAAUACACUGAAAGGCUUUUAGAUACCAAGAAUAAAUUUAACAGAAAUUACUUCAUUAUUUAAUUAUUAAAAAAAUAUUUGGUUUUGAUUGUUCUAUUCUUUUUUAAAAGAUAUCCUUACCUAGCUUGUAUAAUAAAUGGAAUAAUCUUCUUUUUAUCAUGUUUAUCAACAAUUAUUAUGAAACCUUACUAAAAUUUAAUAAGUAGAUUACUCAAAUUAUUUGGAGAUUUAUUGAUUUCAGUUUGCUGGUUUCUUCAUAUUCCAAUAAUAGUUUUGGAAAAUAUAUUUACUUAACAAGCAGAAAUAGAUUAAAAAUAAAUAAAUUAAUAUUUAGCUUUAGGAUAAGUAAUUAUAAUAAUUAUCAUUAUUUUUAAUGGAUUAUUCUUGUUUUAGAAGAUAAUAGAAGUAAUAUAAGUCCUUUAUAAAUUAAUAUCACCAGAUAAAUAAAGUAAAUAAAAUGUUAUUUAGCUUACUUAAAUAUAAAGUAAUUAUUUUAAAAACUAAUUAGACACAAUUUAAAAUAAAUCUAAAUCUUAUCAAAAAAAAUAAAGUUAAAACAAGUAGCUUUUAAUUAAUAAAAAUAUCUUUCAUUGA